AAGUAACUUGUCUACACUUCAAAACACAGGAAUAGAGAGAGAGAAGAGAGAGAGAGAGGAGAGAGAGAGAGAGAGAGAGAGAGAGAGAGAGAGAGAGAGAGAGAGAGAGAGAAGAGAGAGAGAGAGAGAGAGAGAGAGAGAGAGAGAGAGAGAGAGAGAGAGAGAGAGAGAGGAGAGAGAGAGAAGAGAGAAGGAGAGAGAGAGGAGAGAGGGAGAGAAGAAGAGAGAGGAGAGAGAGAGAGAAGAGAGAGAGAGAGAGAGAGAGAGAGAGAGAGAGAGAGAGAGAGAGAGAGAGAGAGAAGAGAGAAGAGAGAGAGAGAGAGAGAGAGGAGAGAGAGAGAGAGAGAUAGAGACAUUGAGAGAGAUAUAGAGAGAGAUAGGGAGUAACGUGAGAUUGAA